AUGAAUCCUUAUAAUAUUAAAAUCCAAACGGCUUUAGUCAGUCCAGGAGGACUUAGUCUUUAUCAUGCUUUAAUAAAGAAUAAAGAAAAAAAAGAAUUCGAUGUAGAAAUCUUCGAACGGGACUCUGCACCAGAAGAUCGAUGGCAAGGGUAUCAUAUUACUUUGAAUGCUCGUGGAAUUGUAUCUCUUUUAAAUUGUGUACCAUCUUCAAUCGCUUUAAACCUUCCCAAAGCGAUCUUAAAUCCAAUUCCUGAUGUUGAAUCCCAUAGGAUUAUGGUCAGCGAUGAUACAGGAAGUGCUUUAUUGCAACCACCAAAUAACCAACAUAGACUUAGAGAAAUCUUAUUAGAAGGUGUACCGGUUCGUUGGGAUAAAAAAUGUAUUGGGUACGAAGAAACUAAAGAAGGUGUUUGGGUAAAAUUUGAAAAUGGUUCACGAGAACUCUGUGACAUCUUGGUUGGCGCGGACGGAAUUAAUUCUUCAGUUCGAAAUCAGAAAUUACCAGAAUUGAAACCUCUCAAUUAUGGAGUAACUCAAGUUAAUGCAAAUGUUUCUGUGCCCAAACAUCUUAUGGAUAGAUUAAUUAAAGUUCAUGGAAACAGUUUAGUUCAGGAGACCCUUGGUUUAAAUGGCGAUUGGACAUUUCUUUUAUUUCGAUUAAUCCCAAUCGAACAAGAAUCAGAUGACAAGAAAAAGAACGAUUCCGAUGAAAUUCAUUAUAGGUUAACUUUAGCUUAUUCGUACCCCAAGAAAUUAGAUGAGUCUGAUGACAUCAAGGUUGAUGAUAAUGAUCCUGCAUCAGUUAUUGAACGUGUCAAAGAAUUAACUCGAAAAUUAAGGCCUGCAAAUGAAAUGACUGACGUACUAUUAGGAUUAUGGGAAUUAGCCCCUAAAACGUCACCUACCGAUUCAGAAAAAGAAAAUUGUCCAUUCAAGACUUAUAAUCCUAUACAACGAAGAGAAUUGCGAGAUAUCGAUCCAUUAUCUAUUACUACUUGGACGAGUAAUAGAAUAACAUUAUUAGGGGAUGCAGCUCACGCUAUGAAUCCCGUACUCGGGUUAGGGACAAACAAUGCCUUUCAAGAUGCUGACAUUCUUUCUCAAGCACUAUUGAAUGGUUCGUCAGAAGAUUUGAUUCCUUGUAUUCAAAAAUAUGAAAAUGAAAUGCGAAAAAGGUCGUCAGCUGACAAAGAAGGCAGCUCAAAGAAAUCUAGUCAAGUUGCAAGAAGUUCAACAACAACUGGAAGAAGUUCAACAAAUAAAUGUCGCUAA